AUGGGUAGGGUUGUCUUUUCUCCUACGAAAGAGGUCAUGAGAUACGAGGAGGAUAACGGAGAACGUGUUUUCAGAACGGAGCCUGAAGGGAACACCACAGACGAUAAGACAAAUCCACGUCCAGGCUUCCUCAAUAACUACACUAUUCCAUACAUUCUACUGAUGUACCUCCAAUUGCUAUUCAACGUUCUACUUGCACUGAUUAUUUUUUACAUCAUCUACCUUUUCAUCUCGACCAUCAAGGCUGAUACAAGACACAAGAUGGAGAUUGCAACCACUGACGCAUUGCGAGAAAUCAGCUUGUGCUCCAGAGAAUUCUACCGCAAUAAAUGCGCCACUGACCAUAGAGCUCCUGCUCUAGAAAUGCCUUGCUUGGAAUGGGAAAAAUGCAUGAAUAGAGACCCGGAGAAGAUAGGAAAGUCGUUGGUCACAGCGCAGACAUUUGGUGAAAUCAUCAACGAGUUUCUCAAACCAAUUAGUUGGAAACUGGUAUUUUUGUGCAAUUUUUUGCUAAUUGGCAGUUUCGUCGCCACGAAUGUCUUACUUGGAGGGUUUAGGGGUGGCAUGAGCUACGACCAAUUGGACAAUUUGAGAAAAUUAAAGGCUCUAGAGGACAGGCUCAAUGCAGCCGAGACAGAAAUGGAAUCCUUAAGGAAGUCAAAUGCCGAGUUGAAGAAGCAGGCCCCAACUUACCUCUCACAACACGAGCUCGACCUCAUGAACGAGAGUAUAGGCUACUCCCCACUCAUGGCGAAACUGAGACGAUACGGCAACAAGCCUCGCCGGGCAAAAGAGGUUAAGAAGGAGGCUCUACCGAUUUUACCUCAAGAACAGGAAGAGCAUGACGAUGAUAGGAUACGACAGGAUCGGACUAACGUGAUGCAUCAUGACUUUCACCAACAACCAGCCAACGCUGUGGGUAUGCCCACACCGGCUCCCUCGGCAACAAAUACAGGACUUCCCCAUCACGCCAAUGAUCCUAGAGGUAGUUUCAAUGGCUUCAGUCAUCUACAUGGGUCACUGUCAUUGGGACUACCUACAACCACAGCCUCAGGAAUUUCACCCCUACCCCAUCUCAACAUGAUCCCCAAUAAUGACUCAACGAAUUUGUCUGGGUCCCCAUUGCCUCCCCUGUUUAGACUACCGGAUAUAGUACAGGAUGAUGGGCAGAUGGAUAUGCUUUUGUUUGAGAACGUUCUCGAUGAUGCUAAUACCUUGGUGCAUGGCUUGGCUACAUUUGAUGUCUUGGGAAAUGAUGGGAUUCUGCAACUUUCAGCUCAGAGUACGCCCGAUGGGGCACAUUUGAAGCCCUUCCACUCGGACAUUAUUCUCAAUGAGGCAAACAGCGACAAUCAUCUUUUUAAUGAAGCCCAGCUUCAGGACUAUCUUCGUUACGGUACAGAUCUUGACCGUAAGCCCGAGGGAAGUCAAUUCUGGGAAAAUAUCAACGAACAUAUGCGUGAUCCUAUGCUUAACGAACCACGAAACAAGCCAAGUAACGAGGAACUUGUUGAACGUGUUAACGAGACUUACAACCUCUCAGCUGAGGAACUCGAAUACUUUCGUGCUGUAUCUUGCAAGGAGCUCUUUUUGUUCAUAUAUCCGUUCGCUCCAACCACGAAGGAUAACGAAAUCAUGCAUGUUCUUCUCGAAUAUCUGUUGAUGUUCAAGUAUUUGGUUUAUGCAAUCAUAGCUCUCGGAGCCUCAUGCUUAUUCACAAUCACUAAAAACCCUAAGCAUGAUAGAAAUCAGAAACGUUCCUCAGCAAUUUGCAUGAAAUUGUUGGUGCAAGCCUUCACCGAUCUUAAAAAUAACGAGAACUCCCUCAGACACAUAGAAGGGCUUAUAUUGACAGUUCUUAUCCUUACAGUACUAUUUUGUGAUAUCAGUCUCGUCGACGCAACUUCGGUUCCCGUUUCGUGGAUCUCUCACCUCAACAAAGCUAGAUCACUUUUGAUCAAAUACAAGCUAGUCAAGCAACAGGCAAACAUCACCAAACCAGACUCCCUUGGAAUCACAAUUGCAAAGCUUUUAUUCUUCCUUUUUGAUUACAUUUCGAAAUUGGGGAUGCUGAACUCGCAGAUCACAAAGGGUAGUUUAAGAGAUCUUCACCUUUUGAUUGACAUCACAAAUACAGAGGGCCGUGAAGCUUUUGCCCAGCAGCAAACACUUCGUAAGUUGGGUGUGCUUAUACCACCAUCAUCAUCUCAUUCGGGGUUCAAUCUUUUCCUGACUUUGACAAAUGAGGCAUCUCAAUGCAUGUUCAAGCUUCUAGACAUUAUUGCAGGAGUCAACGAGAGUGAACUGAAACAGGCCAGCCCGGAGGAGGUUGGAGAACUUCUUUCACGAGUCAGUAUCGUUGCUCAGCAACGUAUUAUACCAGGAUUGAAUCCCGAGGACCAAUUUUUAAUCCCUCGUGAUCAUCCAGCACAUCCUGAUUUUACUGACAUGGCACGCAAAAUUCACUUGCCCAGAAGUGCGUAUGCUAAAGAUACUGAUGAUCUCAAUGAUGUUAAGCAUUACUCUUACUGUGAUGUCGCUUUGAGGUCUCAGUUUUUGGUGCUCAACCUAAAAGUGUACACAUCGCCAGGAAUUUUACAUCUACCUAAAAGUCAUCCAAUGAUCAAGCGUCUUGUGGAACAGACCAUGAAACUCAUGUUCUUCUUGAAACUCAAGUCAGACCCCAGCUACGACAGGAAUUUGGUGGUGGCAGAGCUGGAGCACUAUUGGCUCUCUAAAUCCCUCUUUGAUUUUAGGGCGAUCAUGAUUCAACUACCCUUCCGGGUCACGAUUGAUCUCACGGAAAGCGAGGACGAUUUCGAGAAAUUGGAUUUAUUUUUCAGAGGUCUUGUGAAAUUCGGUGGAGGAAGCGGCAUAGAGGCAGUGUCCAGAGCCAGGAAAAAUAGAGAAGCUGCCAGGAAAAGAAAGGUAAUCAGUGAUGAUUUGGGGACUGGUGCCCCAUCCAGAAAAGGCGGACUUUUGAUGUUUGCAACCAAAAGCGAUAUUCCAUUCUUCAUUUCUGGACUUCUCACCAUGGUGAUCGCAUCGGCUGGCUCACCAAUCCAGACGCAAAUCUACGGUAAAGCUUUUGACAAACUCACCAAAUACAUCACAGCGGGUUACGACGGAAUGGGUGAUUUUGUUGCAGAUAUAAGGCUUUUGUGCGGUCUCAUUAUGGUUGUUGGAGUGGUGAGGAUGUUUUUUACCUGGCUAAGUAUCCAUUUGUGGCUUAUCAUUGGAGAAAGGCAACAGGAAAGAGCGAGAUCCAGACUCUUGUCCAACUUGUUGGAUCAGAAUCUCGAAUGGUACGAGCAAAAAGAGAACCUUAUGGGCAGCAUGGCCCAAGUGAACCGUUGCAUAGAGGAGGUUAGAGUUGCCUUGUCAGAGAAUAUAGCGCUUUUGGUGCAAGGCUCUUCAUCCAUUGUCCUUCUCCUUGUCUCUGCCUUCAUUUCGUCUUGGUCUCUUACCUUGGUCAUUAUGGCUUCAGCCCCACUCAUGGCCCUCUCGAGCAUUAUCUUUGGCAGAUUGACAUUUCGUUUUGCGAAUGAAGAAAAUAAUCUCAGUGCCAAAGCUUCGAAGAUUUUGGACUGGUCCUUCGUAUCUGGCAACCUUGUUCGCUUACUCAACGGCAAGUAUCGAGACCUGGUGAGUUUCAACCAGAUUGUGGAUAAGUCUGCUAAAGCUUUCACAAAAAUGUCUCUUUCAAUCAGUUCCAACCAACUGAUUUUGAGGGUGUUAUCUUUUCUCAUAUUUGUUCAGGGCUUUUGGUUUGGCGCUUACAUGGUUCUGAUCGGGAAGCUCAGAGUGGGUCAGGUUUUGACAGCUUUCAGUUCAUGUCUCAUAUUGGGAACACAUGUGUCGACCGUUGCAAAUGUGUUAGCUUUACUCAAUAAAGGUCAAGCUGCAGCUGCCACAAUUGCCGAAUUCAUGGAAUUUGAGGAAGAGGAGAAGAAUAAAAGUAUCCAAGAUCCCGAGGAGACUUUCGAUCCAAUCGUUUCAGGCAAACUUUUACAACUUGAAGGCGUGAGCUUCAACUAUGGUGCUUCUGAAAAACAAAACAUCAAUAGCGUAUCGGCUGAAAUUUCUAAUGAACAUUUCACAUUCAUUGUGGGUCCCUCAGGUUGCGGCAAGUCUACACUUGUCUCACUUUUAAUGAAGUUUUACAUUCCUUCAUCAGGAAGAAUCAUCGUUGACGGUUUAGACAUCUCCCUGUUGAGCGAAUCCCAGGUAUCAAGCUUCAUCACCUUGGUCGAGCUGAACGCACUCGUGUUUGACAAGCUGCUUUAUGAGAACAUUGCACUUGGAAGUAGAGAGAUACUGGAAGAGAAAGCUUUGGAGGCCUGUGACUUUGCCGAGCUUGGAACUUUUGUCAGAUCUUUGGAACAUGGGAUUCAUCUGAGGAUAUCAUCCUCCCUUUCUGGUGGUCAGAUGCAAAGAAUUGGGAUUGCCAGAGCUUAUUUGAAAAAUAGCCCAAUUCUUAUAUUGGACGAGGCCUUGAGUGCUGUUGAUCAGAUAACGAGACAAAAGCUUUACGAGAAUAUCAGAAAAUGGAGGAAGGGUCGGAUGACAAUAAUUGUGUCUCAUGAAUUGCUGGAUAUAACUGAUGGGGACUACGUGCUUAGUCUCAUGAAUGGCGAGGUUGAGAAAUAUGAGCAACAAAAAGGAGAUACUUCAAAAAAGCAGGAGACUGGCUCUCUUGAGAAGUUGACCUCUUUGGAGGAGGACACUGAGUCGAUUUUCACCGAUGGGCUUAACUAUGGACCCAACAAAGCCAAGGACUUGGAGCACGGCUCUAACAGUGAUGAGCUUCAGAUCCUUAGUGUGUUUGCAGUUUUGAAGCAUUGUUACCAUUCCAUUCAAAGCAAGCUCUUAAUUAUGAUUGGCUUAUUUUUGUCGUUGUUGAGUGGAGUCAUCACACCAGUCUUGUCAUUCUGCUUUUCAAAAUUGCUUUCGAAUGUUGUGGACCAAUCCACCAAGCUCACUUCGAAGGGAAAAGGAGCGGUUUUUUGGUCAUCAUUAGUAAUUGGUCUUAUCGUGUUUGAUGGUGCCAUUUACUUUACUUCACAUUUCUUGUUGGCCUUUUCGUCUGAAAGAUGGGUCGUGGACCUUAGAAAGAAGGCAUUAGUUAUCAUCAACGACCAAGACAUGUCCUUCUUCUCAAGAAAAUACCUGAAACCAGCUGAGUUGACUGCGUUAUUGAUGAAUGAUGCUAGAGAUUUGCGCAACUUGGUUUCCGAAUUCUUAUCUGCUGUGCUUUCUCUUAUCGCCUUGACACUUUUGGGUUUGAUUUGGUCAAUUGUCUCGGGCUGGAAAUUGGCUCUUGUUGGCACAGCAUUUGUUCCGCUUAUUUUGUUGGUGACGGUUUCAUAUGGCUUGUUCUUGCUGAAGUUUGAGACAAGGUAUAAGGACAAGGUGGGUGAGGUCGAGAAGUUCAACCAUAAUGCUGUUCUGGGAGUCAAAACUGUCAAAGCAUUUGGAGUUGAGAAUGACUUCCAAGAUGGCUUGAAAACGAAGUUGAGUGAGCUUUCUUCUGUGGCAAAGCUUCGUGCUUGUAUUACGGGUCUUGGGUUUGCUCUUCUGGAGAUGUGUGUCAGUAUAGCAACAGGUGCUAUCCUUUACUACGGCUUAUACCUAGUCGCCAGUAUGGAAUACUCGUACGAGUCUAUGCUCCAGGUUUUGACGCUUCUUACAUUCACCAUGGCAUCUGCUUCGACCUUGAUGAGUUCGCUUCCUGAAAUUGCAAGAGGACAGAGAGCUGGAACCUUAUUUGCUCAACUUCUUUCGCUUACAGCUUCGCCAAUCGAGACCUCUGGUACGGACCAAAUUCAUAAGCACAUGCAAAGCGAGAACGUCAUGAGUUUCGAGAACGUCAGCUUCAGCUAUCACGAGUCUGACUCAGUGCAAAAGAAGGUGCUUCAAGACUUGAGCUUCAGCAUCAAAAAGGGUGAGGUUGUGGGUAUUGUUGGUGCUUCUGGAAGUGGUAAAUCAACCAUUGCACUGCUUAUGGGCCGUCUCAUGGAUUGCGAUAGAGGUCUCGUGAAAUAUGAAUCAAAACCGGUGAAAACAUUAGAUCCAUUGAGUUACAGGAGAAAUGUUGCCGUUGUACCACAGCGCCCAAAGUUCUUCGAGGGCUCGAUUUGGGAGAACUUAUUGUACGGUGUGGAUAAGGCCUUUAUCGACAAGGCUUUUGUGGUCGAAUGCCUCAAGCUUUGCAACAUUUGGGAUUUGGUAUCUUCAAUGCAACAUGGAUUGGAUACUGUUCUCGACGAGAGAACCGUGUCGUCUGGUCAACUUCAGAGAUUGUGUAUUGCAAGAGCUCUUAUUCGUGAACCUAAGAUGAUCGUGUUUGACGAAUGUACGUCUAAUCUAGACCAAGCAAAUGCCGACAUCAUUACAGACCUCAUCAUAUCCAAGCUUCAUCAGUCAAAUCCUGCCUUAGCAAUUGUGGUCAUAACUCAUGACGUUGAGAUGAUGUCGCAUCUUCCCAGACUUCUUGUUCUUAAAGAUGGCGAAGUAAAUCAGGAUGGCGACUUUGAGACACUAAGUUCUCAGAUGGGUGAGUUUAGGAGACUCACUACAUAG